AGAGAUCAAAGCGCCCUCUUACGGAAAGGUUUGGCGUCAUCCUGGCGGAUAUGAAAUAAUUUUCGUGAAUUCUGCGGCCAGUUUUAAUCAUAUCAGUACAACACACUGUCCGGGUAUAAGAUGGGUGACAGUGAGGAUGAAUAUGAUACACGAAGGAAAGGAAGAGACAAAUUUCGACGGGAGAGAAAUGAUUAUGAUCGUCGAGAUGAUCGAAGAAGAGAGAACUGGGACCAUGACAGACGAGGUUCUGGUGGCCGAUCACGUGAUGCAUGGAGCAGUAGAAGUAACCGUGACAACAGACGUGAUCCAUAUGGGCGAGAUUAUGAGCCUCGUCGAAGAGAGAGGUUCAGCCCAACACGUCAUGACAUGAGCCCUCCCCAUGCUAAGCGUAUGCGGAGAGACUGGGAUGGAGGAGGCGGAGGUGGUGGGGGAGGGGGAGGAGGCGGAGGAGGAGGGGGUGGGGGCGGAGGCGGAGGGUAUGGAAGCCACUAUGACAUGCCUUACGGAGGAGGGCCAAUGCAUGGUGGAGGGGGCCACCCACACCAUGAAGGCACCUGGGGACCUGGCCCAGAAAUCGCAAGCAUCCAAGGUCCGCCACAGCAGCAGGGAGGCUUCGGCAAUGUACCCAACCAGGGAAGAAUGGAUGUGGACUACCCGACCCAGCCCUCGAUGAUGACGUUCAAGCAGUACCUCACACAGCAAGAUGAUAACAUUAAUGACCAAGAUGCUAUCAAGAAAUAUAAUGAAUACAAACAGGAUUUCAAGAAAAUUCAGAUUAAUGAGUUCUUUCUUGCCCACAAAGAAGAGGAAUGGUUCAAACUGAAAUACCAUCCUGAAGAAUGUGAGAAGCGUCAAGAUGAAGUCAGAAUGGCUUUGUUGAAAAGGUUGAGGGUUUUCACUGAACUGAUGCAGCAAGAUCGUUUAGAAAGCAUCAUGCUGGACAUUGAUAACACAGAAGACAUCAUUAAAGUGCUAGAUGCAGCUGUCAUCAAAAUGGAGGGAGGAUCUGAUUUUGACUUGACCAUUCUUGACCAGCCAGAGAAGGAGGAGGAGGUGCCUCGCAGCAGAAACAACUCCGAGUCCCAUCCGGUGGAGAAAAGUAGCCCUGAAGAGGAGAAGAAGAAGAAGGCACCACCUCCAGAGAAGAUUGAGGAAGAAGUGAAGAAGGAGGAGUCAUCAGCAGAACCUGCGAAAGAGAAACCAUUGCAGAUGACCAUAACAGCUGAACAACGGGAGUUGCAGAAGAAAGCGAAGGAGUUCCAGCAACUGAAAGAAAAAGAAAAACAUGAUAAGGAACUAAAGAAGGCUGGCAAGAAGCACCAUAGAGACAAGAGUGAUUAUAAUUAUGAAAGCGGUUCCUCAAGUGGGUCAAUAAGCUCGUCUGAAUCAGAAUCGGAUGACAAUGAGCCUCUGCCCCCAGGGGUGGAUAAUGAUGGGGAGCCCCUCCCUGCUGGGGAAACGGACAUCUACAGUCUGGAUGAGGACAAACAAGAGAAGAAGGUCAAGGAAGAUGAUGGUGAAAUCAAGGAUGAUGAUACGAAGGAAUGUCGAGACAUUGACAGCAACAAGCUGGAGGAGGAAGACCCUCGACCCAAGCCCCUUCACAAAACUGUGUCAGUCUUCCUCCGAAACCUGGCACCCACCAUCACCAAGCAGGAAGUUGAGGCUGUGUGUAAGAGAUAUCCUGGCUUUGUCAGAGUAGCUCUACAAGACCCACAACCUGAGCGUCGCUUCUUCCGUCGGGGCUGGGUCACCUUUAAGAAGAAUGUCAACAUCAAGGAGAUAUGUUGGAAUCUCAAUAACAUCAGAUUACGUGACUGUGAACUGGGAGCCACCUUGAACCGUGAGUUGAAACAACGUGUGCGGCCAGUGACAGGACUGACGGCACACAAACAGGUGGUGAAACAUGACAUCAAGAUAGCAGCCAAGAUUAUCCAGAAUCUCGAUGACAAGUGGCGACUGUGGGAGGACGAGGAGGAGAAGAAGGAUGAAGAAAAGGGGAUCUUCAAGAUGUCCAAGAACCCAGUGUUGAAGAAUAUCACAGACUACCUGGUAGAUGAGGGCAGCUUUGAGGAGGAAGAGCUGCUAGGCGAAAGUGUUGAGGAUAAGGAGAAAGAUGCUAACCCCGAAGUGACGAUAGAGAGAGAUGAGAGUUUGAUGAAGGUUUUGGACAAGCUGAUAUUCUACCUGCGUGUGGUGCACUCAAUUGAUUAUUACAGUGCAAAUGAAUACCCAAACGAGGAUGAGAUGCCACACAGGUGUGGGAUCAUGCAUUGUCGAGGCAUGCCGCCAGGCUCCAAGUUUACUCAGAGUGACUUAAAUGACUGGAUUGCCAACUUUGAGAACAAGACAAAACAGUUUACAGAAAGUGCGGAGAAGAUCAGUAAUGAGGAUGCCACCAAGUUGGGGAAGAAAGACCCAGAGGCUGAGGUGGAGAAGUUCGUCCAGGCUAACACUCAGGAGUUGGCCAAGGAUAAAUGGCUGUGUCCUCUCAGUGGCAAGAAAUUCAAGGGACCAGAGUUUGUCCGUAAACACGUCUUCAACAAACAUGGAGAGAAAGUAGAAGAAGUGAGAAAAGAGGUAUCGUUUUUCAACAACUAUCUCCAUGAUCCAAAACGUCCUGCAUUACCAGAACACCCAGGCAACAAACAGAACGACAGCCGUGGUGGUGGAGGUGGCAGUGGGCAGGUGAACAGUUUCCAGGGCCCCCCCCAGCAGGGCAUGAUGGGAGGGGGGUACAACCAGCAGGGACCUCCCAUGAUGUAUGGCAAUGGCCCCCAGUUUACACACAACUUCCAACAACGAGACAUGUACAGGGUGGACUACCGCCGGCCAUACCGAUACAGAGCUGGAGGUCAAAGAGAUGACAGUUUCGGUUCCUCUAGAUCGCCAAGAUUCAGAAACAAAGAUAGAGAAGAUUCUCUCAGCUCUUCUCGAUCGCCAAGAUUCAGACGAUCGGAUCCUCGUUCCAUCAUUGAAUACAGAGAUCUUGACGCCCCUGAAGAGAUGGACUUGUAAAUACCCCAUGAUAUACGCCUUGAUACAAACCAUGAUAUACAAACCAUGAUAUACACCAUGAUAUACACUAUGAUAUACACCAUGAUACAUACCAUGAUACAUACCAUGAUACACUCCAUGAAAUACACUGUGGUAUACACCACAAACAGAUACACUGACUGUAUGACAAGGGGUGUAAUGAUCCAUUGAUGGACAAGGGCAGUCCCCAGAUCAGUCUUCAGUAGUUAUAUCCAUAUUGACACUUAAAUAAAAGAUAAUACUCCCUAUGAGUCUAUGUGAUAAGAAAUAUAAGAGUCUACAGUGUUUUCAUAAAGCAGGAUGGACUCUACUGCUUUUAACGUGGUAUUUUGUAAGAGGUUCUUGUUUAUUUAGAUAACAUAUAUUUGAAAGUGAACUUUCAAACUUUCACUAAGUGAAAAUAGUACUAAAACUGGUGUGACUUGUAUGUUUACAAGUCUUAUUGCUAUAAUUGCUUUUUGAAGACAUUGCCAUGAUAUACAUUUUACUGCAGCUCAAGCUUUGUAUUGUUACACCCUUUGUGAUGCAACAUCUGAUAUUAAGCUUAAAUGGUGACAUCACAUUUUGCUUAAUACUGUUAUAAUCAACACACCAUUACUGUAUAUAUUGAUCACCGGUCAUCUUGUCAUAGGUUUUAAUAUUUUUAACGUUGUUUAUCUUUUCUGUUGUCCUCAUUACACCAGUCAUGAAACGUCACUGCAUCUAUGUCUGUAGUAGCGCUAUUGUAAUAAAUGGAUUUUUUAUAAA